UCCUCCUUACGUUUAUUUUCAUUAACUAGGUAAUUUUAGCUUGUUUUCUUUGGUAAAGUACUGGUUAUGGAUGUCAUUGGUUGACGUCGUUUGCUUAGUUAGCUUGUGGUGGUGCUAAUAGUAUCGUCAAUGUAUUUAAAUGAAACGUUCGUACUUUUCAUCAGUGGUCAGUAAAAACAGCAUCUGGAUCUUGCUGAAGAUUGGAGAAUAUCCUUUGACCUCCCUUCCUUUCAAAUCAAUGGAAGGGUCAGACAGUUUAGACCAGGGUGGCAGUGACCAGCCAGAAUCUCAGCGCAGAAGGCAGCGGGACCGCCUGGACAGGGAGGAGGCCUUCUAUCAGUUUGUCAACAAUCUCAGUGAUGAAGACUAUCGUCUCAUGAGAGAUAACAAUCUUUUGGGCACCCCAGGAGAAGUAACAGAGGAUGAGCUGUUUAAUAGACUUCAGCAAAUCAAAGAUGGCACAGAAGAACAGAAUAACACCCCUACUACUGAAAAUGGAGAAGACCCAGUUGACCAACCAGAAAGCUCUGAGGAUCCUGCCAGUGGGGAUAGUCUGCUGGACUGGCUGAACACAGUGAGGCGCACAGGCAACACAACCAGAACAGGUCAUCGUGGAAACCAGUCAUGGCGGGCAGUAAGCCAGACCAACCCAAAUAGUGGCGAUUUUCGCUUCAGCUUGGAAAUCAGUGUGAACCGCAACCUGGCUGAACAGCAGGCAGCUGCUGAAGGGGAGCAGGAGUCUCCAGGGGAGUCUGCAGAGAGUCAAGAAGUGGUGGCAAAUGCUGAAUCGCAGGUCCCCAUGGAGACAGAAGUGGUGGAAGAACCAGUUGUGGAGGAAUUGGCUGUCAUAGUGGAACCAGAACCUGAAGUAGAAGAGGUUGUUUCACAGGAGAUUUUGGGAGACCCUCCAAGCUCACCUGUUGUCCAGCCGGUACAACCCUCCCUUUCUCCUUCGCCACGCAGAGGACAGAGGAGAGCCCGCAGCCGUAGUCCAGAACCACGCAGGACCAGGGCCCGUACAGCCAGGAGCCGCUCUCCUCUCCACAUGGAUCAGUUGGAUAGUCUUCCAAAUCUGCAUCAUGCUCACAGCUCUCAAGGCCCCAACUCAGGCACCAGUGCUCCCCUUGUACCUCAAGUGGAGGGCAGUUCUCGGACUCGACAACAUGUUCUUUCCAGGCAAAGCACUGCUGACAGUGAUGUUCAGCCAUCUAGGGCGGGUGCAGAAUCUGUUCCAGAUGCCCAAAAUACCGGCUCUCAGGAAGGAGAAGCUGCUGGGGGAGAAGGGGGCACUUCAGGGCGCCGUCUCCCAACUAUUAUGCUCGAUCUCCAGGUGCGUCGUGUGCGUCCAGGCGAAUAUCGACAAAGAGACAGCAUUGCUAGUCGUACCCGCUCGCGCUCCCAGAACUCAAACAACACAUUUCUUUAUGAGAGCGAGCAUGGUGGAUUUCGUAGGACUUUCUCACGUUCUGAGCGGGCUGGUGUGAGGACCUACGUCAGCACAAUUCGCAUCCCUAUCCGAAGAAUCUCUGAUGCAGGUUUGGGAGAGGCAACUUCAGCAGCUCUCCAGUCUAUGAUUAGGCAGAUUAUGACUGGUUUUGGUGAACUAGGCUACCUCAUGGAUUCAGCCUCUGAUUCUUCAGAUUCAACCCGUGGAGCCAACACAGUUACGGAUCCAGCUGAAGCCCUUAACCCAGAUGCUGCUACUCCUGCUCCUGCUUCUGAUGUUGAUGAACCACCUGUGGUUGCUGGAGUCAGAGCAAGGACAGUUGACGCUGAUAUGGAUGAGGGUCUUGCCACUGGUCCACCUGGCUCUGGUGGCAGGGCUCGGCCUAGACCACCUAUCAGCCUAGAGGAGCCCAGCUCACUGCCUUUCCUGCGGCUUGCCCACUUUUUCCUUCUAAAUGACGACGACGAGGACCAGCCCCAAGGGCUGACUAAAGAGCAGAUUGACAACCUCUCCAUGCGCAGCUUUGGUGAGAGUGAUGCCGUGAAGACUUGCAGUGUCUGUAUAACAGAGUAUGCAGAAGGUAACAAGCUACGUAAGCUGCCCUGCUCUCAUGAGUACCACGUGCAUUGCAUCGAUCGCUGGCUGUCUGAAAACUCCACUUGCCCCAUCUGCCGCAGGGCUGUCCUGGUAUCUGCUAACCGAGAGAGUGUGGUGUAGUUCACAAGACUGCAGGCCUUUUGUCUCAACAUAAAUCUAAUAAUAUCCCAGGUCCAUGACAGACUUUGAGGAAAUGUCUCCACUGUUGAAAUGUAUUUUCUUCAUACCAUUUGCAAGUUCGACCAUAAUGCAGUCAUAAGUUUGAUUUGGGAUGCUCCACAGUGACAUUGGGAAUUAUUCAGCCUCUAGUAAGACAUUUCAGCAAGCAAUGCAUGCUGUUUGAAUCAGCCUGUAAUGACCAAGCAGGUUUUUGAAUUGUGUCAACCCAUGCGCAUGAGCAGAUGUGUUUUCAUAAAGAUUCUCCAAGUUAACAAUGCUGCACACCUACAGGUAGUUCAACCACCACAAAUCUGAUCUUUUGUAUUUGAACCUCAGUGGCACCUUGCAUAGCAUAAGUUUGGUAUUAUACAGGUCUUAGUUACACCAGUUUAAAGUAUUAGCUGUAAAUAAGCAAAUAUAAUAAAAAUCAUUUGAAUUACACUUUGCAUCACUGAAUUGGUUUUGGAUUUUAGAUGUUCUCAUGAAGAUUAGUGGUAUUGACUGCAGUUACACUCUCAUAGCAUACAUAAAUUUGGUGUUAAAAAUAGGUGGCAUCACAGCAGAAUUAUUUAGAGAUUGUGGUGUCCAAAGUAUGUAGGACAUUUUAAUUGGUUUGCAAUAUAUUGUGUGACUUGUACUCUCCCUAAGUAUUUUUGGAGUGGCAUAUACCAUGAGAGUUUUAAGUGUGCUGAAUUAUUUUAAAAAG